AUGGCGCCGUCUUCGCGCUCUUCCAAGGCAUGCACCCAAUGUCGACAGGUCAAGCUAAGGUGUGAUUCCAAACACAACUUUCCAGAUCCUUGCAGUCGCUGUAAAUCACGUCGGCUCGUCUGCGCUUUCGACCCGUCCUUCAAGAGGACUCCCACCAAAGGCCAGCUCGAAAAGGUCACCAAGCAACUCGCCGAGCUGCGUGGCGCGCUGGGCAUCUCGAACCCACAGGAGAUCCCUGGUUUGCUCCCAGUCCCACAGAUCUUUGGUGUGCCAUCGAGCGUAGACAGUCAAUCAGAUUACGGAUCACCAGAAUCGGAUCGCUAUGCAAAUGCGAACGAUGAGCCCGAAACGUACUUUGGCCUGGACAAGCCUGGCAGUCCGAGUCAAAUGUACCGAUUGGGGUCAUUCCAUCUGUCUAUGCAGCAGGUGCGCAACAUUCUGCUGCAGUUCGCCAGGUUCCAGCACAGACACCUGCCUAUAGUUGAUACGAGACGAAGCUAUGACGAGAUAUACGAACAGACGCCAUUUCUAUUCUGGUCCAUGGUCGCGGUGUCGAUCCGUGGCUCGACUGGGACGCUAGAACUACUCGACAGCAUUCAGAAGCAAUUCAAUACCUACCUAGGCCAGGUGAUGAUACAGUCGCCUCUUUCUCUCAGCACGAUCCAGGGUCUUCUCCUGGUCUGCCUCUGGCCCUUCCCCGUCCGACAUCAGCGAGAGGACCCAAGCUGGAACCUCUGCAACAUAGCUCUGGGAGCCACCUCCAACCUCGAAAUCACGACUUCCUUUCGCAGCAGCACUAAAAAGAACGAUCUCGAUGACAACGAACAAGCGCGCUGCCGCACUUGGCUGGCCUGCUUCCAAGUCUCCUCCUGGCUCGGCUCGAACCUCGCCGUCCGCCCACCCCUCCGCAAUGUCGAAGAUCUACACAACAUCUCCAAAGCCCUCUCGACAGGCUGCAUCACCAAAGAGUUCGCCGCACACAUCGAGCUGCAACGUCAAGUUGCAAAUUACACCUCCGUCCUGACCUCCGACCAAGGCCUCUUCAACUCCCCCUCCGCAAUCCAAAUGUUCGAGAAAGAACUCAACAGCAUCUUCUCCCGCUUCGGCGACGACUGGACCCUCUCAAACGACUUCGCCCUCCUCGUCGCCCGCCUCGACCUCUACUCCAGCGUAAUCAUGUCCGCCUCAAAAGAAAUGUCCCGCUCAUCCCACUCCAACAGCACACCCUCCCCCAACUCCCUAGUCGGCACCUCCCUCUUCAAAGGCUUCCAAGCCUCCGUCAAACUCAUCGCCCUCUACGAGAAGCUCAUGGAGGGCACCGUCUCGACCUCUGCCUCGAGCACACCACAGGACCCCAGCACUUCUGCGCCCAUCAAGCCCACCUAUUUGUCCUACCCAAAGUACUACCACUUCACCUUCGCAAAAGCAACCCUCUUCCUCCUCCGCUUCUCCCUCUCCCGCGACUCCGGCUUCGUCGAGUCCGACCGCGACAUCGCCCGCAACCACAUCCGGCGCGCCCACGACCUCUUCGUCUCCCACACGCAACGGCCCGACGACGAGCCCGCUCGCGUCGCGCGCGUUAUAGAUACGUUAGCGAAGAUCCAGGGGACGGAGAGUGCGGAGCGAUUGGGGAAUGUAGUUGCUACGCAUGGGGAGUUGGAGAUUGUGCGGGCGGCAGCGAGGCAUGCGGCGGCGAUUGAUCGAAGAGAGACGAGUUGGGAGAAGCCUGUGCCGGAGGCGCCGGCUUACACGCCUGAGGCUUCAGCCUCAGUCGAUGGUCGGGACUCAACCACCAACAAUCCAACAGGAAUUCUCUCACCCUCAGCGGCAGAAAUCCCGCAGAUACAAAUCGGGGCGGACGCGAGUUUGAAUAAUCUGCAGGAAUUACCGCUAGAGCAGAUCCAUCCGGACUGGGGCGUAUUCAGCCAUAACUGGCUGCCGCCCUACUUCGACCUGCAAACGGAUCAGGGCUGGGAUGGGUUCGCGAGCAAUGGGCAACAAAGUCAGCACGAUCCGUCCCUGCCGCCGUCGUGGGGCAGCACGAGUCAAGGUCCUCCCGUGACGCAGACGCAGAUGGGAUUUGGCUAUCAGGCUACGUUCUAA